UCCUAUAUAAAAAACCAUCUUUUCCUGUUUGCGUUCAACUCUGGACAAAGGAGUGUCAAGAGCUGUUUACUUCAUUUCUCAGGACCGAUACAAGGCAACAAGAUGAGCUAUGGAGGCAUCAUGUGUAUUCCUACUACUGGAGCCUCCGAGGAAACAGCUCAGCAGGACAAGCUGGAGUACUCAGGUGUGCGUGCUUCAGAGAAAAUGGCAGCGACGGAUUUAGAAGACAUGGACCAGUACAAGGACAUGAUCAAGAAAGUGGGACGCGACUUGGAAAUACAGCCUGCUCUCAUCGCAGGCAUCAUCUCCAGAGAGUCCAGAGCUGGAACACAACUUAAAAAUGGUUGGGGGGAUAACGGAAAGGCCUGGGGUCUGAUGCAGGUGGAUGUUACUCCAAAUGGAGGAAGACAUAAACCUGAGGGCGAUUGGGACAGCGAGGAGCAUCUCCGCCAAGCGACGAGAAUCCUCAUUGGGUUUAUUGAAAAGAUCCAACAAAAGUUCCCGCACUGGAGUAAAGAGGAGCAGCUGAAAGGAGGAAUAGCUGCGUACAACAUGGGGGAUGGAAACGUUGAAGAUCGCAAUGUGGACAAGAAAACAACUGGUAAAGACUACGCCAACGAUGUCGUUGCCAGAGCUCAGUGGUACAAGAAGAAUGGAUAUGACACUGAUAGUUCGUGUGUUCUAUUUUAGCAUACUAUUCUUUGUCAGCAUGAAAAAAAACAUUACUGAAUGUGUCUUGAUCGCACAAAAUUCCAAGUUGACAAUGUCUCAACUACAUCAACAGCGUUAAAUUGAAAGUUUAAGUCUACCUGAAUUAAUCAGGUGGACUUUUAAUACAGUCAGGUGAGGGCGUGGAUUAAAAUUUGCAUCAUCACAUAUUUGCCUCUGUUGUCUUGAUGCAUUAUGGGAAACUGGCAGGGAACUUUACUCUCUUUUCUUCAGAAGCCGCCUACUGUGUAUCUUCAUUAUCACAAGCUUUGUUAAGAUGAGUAAAUUCUGACUUCUUCCUAUACUCCCUUUCGUACGUGUAAAAACAAUACUUGAUACCUAUUUAGAUGUCUUUUAUUCUGUUUUUUCCCCUUUUUCCUUUCUCUUUGAUUCAUUUAUUGUUUAUUUUGUUUUUUACAAAAUAAAGUGUCAAUAAAACCAA